GUGGUUUUCAGCAGUAAAGACCCAUAUGAACUGAUGGCUGAUGUUAAUGUUUUAGAGGAGAGUGGCGAAGCUGAAGUCUGUGCUGAAGAGGAGAGAGAGAGAAGUCCAGAAAGACAGUCUGUUCUUCAAACUGCAGCACAAAUGAACCUGCCACUUUGGAUGUUCCUGAAAAUGGUUGCCAGGCCAAACAGUGAGCCACUAGCUGAAGAUUCAAUCCAUGGAAUGGAUGAAGAAAAUAAUAGUGAUACAGACAGUGGAAACAGAGAUCCUGUUUGUUAUGCAGAUAUUGACAUGUUUUGUGAAAAUGAAGAAGGAAAAACAGAUCAAAAGAAGCAGAAAAAGAAGAAGAAAAAAAAGAAGAAAGCUUACACAGAAAAGUUCAGAGUUCCCAUGCCUUCAGAAGUUGCUGAUAAUCCUGUGCUGCGCAAAUAUUGGGCUCAGCGCUAUCGUCUUUUCUCUAGGUUUGAUGAGGGUAUUCAGCUGGAUACAGAGAGUUGGUUUUCUGUGACACCAGAAAGAAUUGCUGAACACAUAGCAGAUAGGUGCCGUUGUGAUAUCAUCGUUGAUGCAUUCUGUGGAGCAGGUGGCAAUUCUAUACAGUUUGCCUUCACCUGUGAACGUGUUAUUGCCAUUGACAUAGACCCUGAAAAACUGCGGCUGGCAAAGAUCAAUGCAACCAUAUACGGUGUGGCUGACCGAAUAGAAUUUGUGCUGGGAGACUACCUGAAGUUGGCUUCACAUCUAAAAGCUGAUGUUGUUUUUUUGUCGCCACCAUGGGGAGGACCAGACUACCAGCAUUCUGAUAUCUAUGAUCUUAAUGCCAUGCCAGGAUUUGAGGCAGAUCAGUUAUUUGCCCUGACACGGAAGAUCACGCCUCACAUUGCAUAUUUUGUUCCUCGCAAUGCCAACAUUGAACAGUUGACUGCACUAGCUGGAGAAGGAGGACGUGUUGAGAUAGAGCAGAAUUUCCUUAACACAAAACUGAAGACCAUAACAGCAUAUUAUGGAGAACUAGUUCAAGAUGGAGAAGAAUGCUGAGCAGAUUUCACCAUUUAAGAGUAGCAUAUAUUUACAUUGAAGAAUUUUAUGAUUGCAGUUGAUAGCAUAAAAGUGUCUUAUCUUACAAAAAUACUGUUUGUUAUGAUCUUAUGAAUCAGAAAUGUUUAGUGUUGACAUACUACUAAAGACCAUAGCAGGUUUAAUAGGUGAAUAUCUGUGCAUCAGUCAUGAAAUAAUGUAUCAGCAUACAAUGAUUUUACACUUUUGUAUUGACAAGUUGUAAUAAUGCCUUUGAUUCAAUUUUUAAUCAUUUAUCGCCUUUCAAUUUUUUUGUAGGUAAUUCUUGUAGGAUAGAUUGAGGUGGGAAGAUUUAAUUGCAACUCUGACUCAGUGAACCACAUAAAGACAGACUUGGGGCUUCAGCAUAAAGAAUAUGCCUAAGGUGUUUUUUUUAAAUCAAGAAUAGGUGGAAAAGUGGGCAAGGGUCCUGUUAAAUGAGUUUUUAUUUGAUUUUUGUUUGGCUGGGGGUUGGUGGGGGAUAAAGUGGGGGGGGAAUGAAUGCACAUUGUUUACCUUUUCAUUCGGUUAUUAGUCACAAUAUUUUAUGACAUUCUACAGUCUUUUUUUUUUUGACUCAUUUAAAUGAGAUAAUGGUGAAGUAAGGUUUCUGGAAACUGCGGAGAAAGACAAGAGUUGGAGCAGCAAGCAUCUAUUACCAUGUACAAAAUGGGAUCCACAGUGGCAGAGUUUACUAUUAAUGAGUUUAUGACAUAACCAUCACAUCUGCACACAGUUAUCACAUGCUUUCUUCUCAUUUUUCAAAGUCUUAAGACUUGUAUGUUUUGUGUUUAUUUGGGAAGCAAAUUUAGCAGUGCAUAAUGGGAAAAAGAAAAUGUAAUACUUGAUGUAAAAAAUAUGUAAAGCUGACUAUUUGUUACUCUACAGACUUUAUUUGUAAGGUUUUGCUGUGGCCUUGUGCAUGAAAUCAACAUUAUGUUCAUUAGAUGUUGAUCCCUUAGAGUCUAAUUAUUUUUUAAAAAUUAGAAAAAUUAUGUAGAACUAAAAACAAACGUACUCGAUUGAUGAUGAUAUUUCCUUGAUAGCAGAAUUAUGUAAGUGCUUUAAAAUAUGAUUAUUUCAAAAGAUCUUUGUCAUUUAGGUGCCAGCAUGCAUGUGAUGAUACUUGAAAGUAUGGUGUAUGGUCGUAUGUUAGCAGUGUGAUACACUGAAUGAAUAUACAUGAUAUUCGAUAUAUGAACAGCAAAACAUCAAUAAGAACACGAUUUUGUGCGAAUUAUGUUACAAAUGUACAACAAUAUAAAAAUAUGUUUUUACAUUC